ACAAGAGAACACUGAGGUUCCUUAAGUUUACAGAGACAAAACCAAUGCAUUACAGUUUUGACAUAGAAAUCCCAAUCAAUGAGAACGUGCCUCCCAAUCGAAAGAAGGACCGAACUGAAGUGAAAAGAGACCUGAACUCAAACCAGAGAAGACCUUGGUUGGAGUGAUGGCAGUCAUCAAAGGGAAAAUGGUCGAGGAGGGGAGAAGGAUGCAAGAGCCCAUGACACCCCCGGAGGGCGGCUGGGGUUGGAUGAUCGUAGCUGGAUGCUUCCUCGCCAACAUUUGUGUCCGAGCUCUUACGAGAUGUGUCUCCAUGUUUUUUGUGGAGUUUCAGCUGCACUUUGAGAAGGAUUAUGCCUCCACAGCUUGGAUUUACAGUCUGAUCGACUCAGUCACAAUGCUUUGUGCUCCUCUGGGCGGCUUCCUGGGCAACAGAUUCUCCUGCAGAACUACAGUCAUUCUGGGAGGUCUGCUGUCUUCUGCUGGUCUAGUCCUCAGCUCCUUUGCCACAUGUCUGGAAUACCUCUACAUAUCUGCAGGCAUCCUCACAGGUCUUGGCUUUGCUCUCAGCUACACGCCAGCUGUGGCGAUGGUAGGAAGUUACUUCGCUGAGAGGAAAGCUCUGGCCUAUGGCAUCGCCCUCUCUGGCUCUGGCAUCGGCACCUUCAUCCUGGCUCCUGUGGUCCAGCUGCUUAUAGAGAAUUACUCAUGGAGAGGAGCUCUGCUUGUCCUGGGGGGGUUUGUGUCCAACCUGUGUGUCUGUGGUGCACUGAUGAGGCCACUGAAACAACAACGUAAAGGAAACCAACGGAUAUGGGAAAACAAUAUGGUGAAUCUGAAGAAGAGUAUGACAACAGUAAUGGAUAUAAAAAACACUGACCAACUCCCUGCUGUCUUCAUCCAAGAGGAUCCAAAGCAUUUAGAAACAAACAAGUCAAAGAAUUUCAGUAUACACCUCACUAACAUGGCUCUGCAAAACUGUGGAGUGGAAAACGACAAACUGGUCCAGAUGAAACUUGCUGAAGUCCUGCUGUCAAACCUACCUGAUCCAAAGUUAACAGAAAAGAAGAUGAAUAAACACAUUUCAUUUAGUAAUGUUAUAACAGAGACGGUACUGGGUGAGUGGAAAGUCUCAGAACUGAAUACAGACAUUAACACACCUGAAGACUUGAAACCAGUGGAGACCAUGAACCUGAACAACAAAGCUGCUGACAUAGUGGAUGAAAAGAUAGAGGACUUGAAGCUCAGUGAACACUUAGCUCUCGCAGUGCCUUUAUCAGACCCCCAAACCUCCACCAGAGGUCACUGUUUCAGCCUCAAGUCCAAAGAGGAGUUCAGCUUUCUACUAACAUCAGACUUCCUAAUUCUGUCAAUAUCCAUCCUGUUUAUGGCUUAUGGCUGCAGUGCUCCCAUAGUUUACCUCGUUCCUUAUGCUGUCAGUGUGGGCGUGGACCACCAGAGCGCAGCUCUCCUCAUGUCCAUGUUUGGAGUCAGUGGCAUUGUGGGUAACAUCACCUUUGGAUGGAUCACAGACAGACCGUGUCUAAGGAAAUAUCGCAUGCUGAGCUACAUGUUGGCAGUCAGCCUUGAGGGUCUUCUCUGCAUGUUCCUCCCAUUCCUUCACUCCUUUCCCCUUCUGGUCCCAUUUUCCAUACUCUACGGGUACUUCGAUGGGGCCUACGUCGCACUCAUCCCAGUUGUGACCUCGGACGUUGUGGGCUCCACCUAUUUGACUUCUGCUCUUGGAGUGGUUUACUUCUUACAUGCCAUCCCCUACCUGAUCAGCCCACCACUAGGAGGUUUGUUAGUCGACAAAACGACCAACUACACAGCAACCUUCUUCCUCAGCAGUACUUCCUUUAUGGUCAGUGCCAUCAUCUUAGCAGCUGGGAUGUUAGUCAGACACUGCAGAAGGUCCAAGGCUAACACUGUCAUGUAGCACCAGUCACACUACAAAAGCUGCUGGGCAGAAUGUGGAACGAAGCCAGAGGAUUUGGUUGUUUGAUGUGUACAAAAAUACUCCUCUUGUCAUCAUCACUCAGACAUGUGGUUUAUGUUGAGUACAGGAACACAGAUAACCUUUGAACCUGAGUCCUCAUCUACUAAAUCAACUAUGAAGCCAAAUGUAUUGGAGGUUGUACAGAUGUUAUGUUUUUGGGGCAUAAAGAUAUGCUGUUUUUUUUUUUAUAAGCUCAGAUUUUAUUGAGCUUUUUAUUGACUAUGUAGACGCACAAAUAAUAGUACUGACAAUUUCAAAGCAGGUGUAAUUAUUAUAGUUUUAGGAAAAUAGGAAAUAUAAUAGCAUUUUUGCACUCCUUCAGGAAAUGUUUAAAUGGUGCUCUCAUCUGAGGAAUUCUACAAGUCAUCAAAGCUUCACGAAGUUUAAUGCUAACCUCUGCAGGUGCCUAAGAAAGUGUACUCUUGAAUCAUACUGUUGCAUUAAAAAGUUCACUGGGAUAGAUUUAGUCCAUAUGUGCCUUAAAAACUGUUACAGUCAUCGAAAAUAUGUUCCUAUAAACAAUUACACAAAACAGUUAAGAAGUCGAUAGCAAAAAAACUGGAAGGGUUCUCUGCAAUAUAUGAAGAUUUAAAGAAAAGCCUGGCUUUUUGUCAUUGAAUAUGAACAUCUAAAUCUAUUGGGAAAUAUUAGAAGUUUAUGAGAUGCAGUGUUCUCCUUUGUGUAAAGCAAGGGAAAACAAGAAAUACAUUUACUCUUUAUUUAACAAAGACUUAAAUAGAGUGUGAAACCUAUUGUCCUCCAUGUAAUUCACUUUGAACAAUAAUUGUGGCUCAUCACUGUGAAAACCUGGCUGUGCUGAUCAAAUCUGGGCUCCU